AUGGGAGUUGAAGAUUUCCGCACGAGUUUCCAAGGACAGAUAAGGCUCUUUCCUCCUCUGACCUUUUUGGAAAAGUUGGACUUGGCCCACAAUGAGCUCUGUGCCUUUCCUACAGAUUUUUCUGAAGGCUUGACUCUCAAGGAUCUCAGGAUUCCUCACAAUGUUCUGGAACAUCUUGACACUUACUCCUUAGAGGAACUCGAAAGUCUUGAGAGGUUAGAUCUCAGUCACAACCCCAGGUUAUCGAAAUUUUCGCUUUUUAUUGGCUUACAAAGGCUCCUGAAUCUGGCAUGGAAUCAGUUGACGGUACUCAGAGGACUGCUUACCAUACAACAGGAACUCGUGGUUCUUUUCUUGGGUCACAACAAUAUCUCCAGGAUUGAAACAGAAGCUGCCCCCCUACAGACACUCACCAUUCUGAGCUUAGAAGCCAAUCAGUUGAAGAGCCUCACAUUCAAGACAUUCUUAAAUCUUCAGACACCCAGCACGCAUCUGCAACUAACAGAGAAUCCCUGGACAUGUGAUGAACUACAUUGUGUCUUCAAUAAGGUACUGCAUGUGAGGCAUCUCCAUGUAGAAGAUUACUGGAACAUCACGUGCCAUGCAUUGCUGGAGCAUCUCUUGGGUUUGAUGGAGAGUAAGCUAUGUGUAGCAGAAACAAAAAAUGUCCUUAUCAUUACUGGAAAUUGGAUGGUCACUGUGUUGGCUGCUAUGGUCAUGGCAGAACGAAAGCGGAAGAAGAUAAAUAUGAACAUGGAAAGGCAAUGUCCCAUGUCUUGGGAGUCUCGAGAGAAAUGCCACACUACUGCGAUGAAAAAAGAGAGGGAGGAAAAGUCUGUUGCAAUUGGAAAUACCAGCUUAUUUUACAGACUAAGACACAAUACCACAAAAGAUUUUCAAUUUCCUGAUAUUAGAAAGAAUGAUUAA